AUGCUUGCUUGAAUCAUGCCUGGCUGGCUCGGGAUCGUUCACGGAGCAGCAGUAGCAGCAGCAGCAGCAGCCCUGGUCCGCCUUGCAGGGAGCAAUGAGAAACUUACGGUGAGCGAUCCAACAUUACACACACAAGCUGAUCCAAUACACAGCCACGAUAGCCAGGAGGGCAGCUGGCAACAACCUUCGGGAAGCAGUUUUCCGUUUUGACAGCUGGGCUUAGAUCAACUCCUCAUGCAAGGUCGAUUGAUUGCUGCUACUGGUGGCAUACACCCAUGCCUCUUGUUAUCGCACCGGCGGGGCAUUGGGCUGCCCCGCGGUACAUCGCUUUUGCUGCAGUGGAUGGUUGGGAGAGGUGUCAGAACCAGGCUGGAGGAAAGGAACCGUAACAUCUGCCCAUUCAUCCGACCAUCAAUAAUCCUUCUUCGGUAUUGCGGGAGGAUGUUAGAGGCUGUCCUGGAGUAUGUCUGUCCCUCUAAGCAGCAUAUCGCGUCUUGCGUUAGUGAUCUUGUCAGUCUGAUCACAACGACAAUACAUCAAUACUACUAUGCCUCCCUAUCACCUAACCCACCUAUUCUCCGAUUCGUUCAGUAUCCUGCAACGACACUCAGCAUUGAGCAUCUUCAUUACUGGCAUGGGACUCUAUCUAGUCAUCGAUGCAUGGCUUACUGGCGCAUGACGUUGACUCUAUCAGCAGGUCUCUGCUCCAUAGCUUUCCAGCCUCUUUCUCUCUCGUUUCCCUUUUUUUUUUCUUCAAUUUCUUUUCCUAACUCUUGAGUUUCGCUCGCGGGGCGAUUUUUACGUUGCUGCGAUUCCUUCUCUCUGACCCAGCACAUGUCUCAAAGCUUCAGCGAAUCCCAUUAAUUUUCUCCGUAUGGAGUA